UUACAUGCAAAUUUUUUUCUAAUUUUAUGGUGCUAUAAUCUUAUCUGUUUCUUUUAUUAAAACAAUAUCAAACUAUCGUUCAAAAGUACAUAAUGACCGACAAAACACCAGCAAAUGCGUUUUACUGUCCCUGCUCCAUACAUAAACACCUAAAAAAAUUGAUUAAACAACCAUAGGAAGUCAUACAAUAAUCGUGCUAAUAGAUUUUCGAUAAGUCGCUUUUAAUUUAUAGAUUUCUAUAUAUUAUCUCUAAACAACAAUAAGGAAUCUGAAUAUUGAUUAGGUUUUUCAAUACCAAGUGGUUGUGGUAUUAACAAAAAGCUCAAUAAACAUGAAAACCACUUCAGUGUAAGUAAGGCAUUCCUCUAAAUAAUUUCGUGGAAAAUAAAAAAAAUUCAAAAAAUGAAAUUUAAAGUUUACUCCGUUUUGGUCUGUUUGGCCUUUAUUUUGGGCGGUUUUGUACAACAGACCGAGGCUUUAAUGGAGGAAGCCAUUUUGGAGUUUUUAGAAGAAAUUCGACAUCGUAUGUGUUAUCCCUUAUUUGGUUUGCCAGCCCUAGAUCCCUAUCAAAUUGAACAUGCUGAUUUCAAAAUGAAUAACAAAUAUAUAGUGGAUUUGAUAGGUUCGGUGACAGAUUUACGUGUAACUGGUUUAUCGGAUUUCAAUGUAACCGAUAUAAAAAUCUCCACCAUACCGAUGAGAAAAUCAAAUUUUGAUAUUGUUUUGCCUCUAACGGCUUUAAAAUCUUUAUAUAAAGCUAAAGGAUCUUUGGGAUAUGUCGUUUAUAUAGAUGGUGAUGGCAAAGCUAACGCACAUAUUGGCAAUGCAAAAUUGUCAGUUUCUUGGGUAUUAAAAACUGGCCUUACCAUGGGUAUACGCAACUUAAAAAUUGAACUCAGUAUUGGAGACUUGUUUAUGGAUAUUGAAAAUCUUAUGGAAGAACAAAGAAUUACUGACUUUUUACAUGCCCUUAUCAAUGAAAUGGGUAUAGAGCUAUUAAAUGAUAUUUGGGUAGAGGCACAGGAUCGAGGCAUUGUUAAAUAUGUUGAAGAUAACAUUAACAAAUUUUUGGGAAAUUAUACUCUCAGUGAUAUUAUUAAAAUUAUUGGUGGCAUUGGUGGUGGUGGUGAAGAACCACCAUUUGGUGGUGUUCCGGCCGAUUGCAAAACAAAAACUUUAAUCUAAAGACUGAAAAAGUGAUAAUCAUUAGUUUUAUAUGUACAUAUGUAUGUACGUUAUUGUAUUUAUAAUUUUUUAUAUGUAGAACAAAACAAUAACAAUUGUUUAUACAGUUAUUACUGAUAUUAUUAUGGUUUAAUCUUUUUAUGGAGUUAAAGAAAAAAAAAAUUGCAUUUUUUGCAUAUUAACCUCGUUGUCUAAUCGUUCGCUAGAUAAGAUUAGACAUUUAAGUAGUUUGUUAUUUACUGAUAAUUUGAA